AUGGGCACCAGACCAUCAACAUCAAUAUCGGUCCCAAGCAGCCCUACAGCGCCUUCGCCUGUGCUGGCCCCGAUGCCGCCUGCACAUAGCUUGCCCCGAGCGGAUGAAGCGUCGCAGAGCCCUGCCAAGAGCAUUCUAAAUCAACUGGACUAUCUGCCUACGAGUAGCAUUCUCACACAACUCGGCAACGUUUCCGAAACACACGAGGAUUACGCCUUAAAACAGCAAUCCCUGGGGAUUUCAGCAAGACAAGACCUUGAAGCCGGCGCCUAUGAGGACCACAGUGCGGAAACCGAGUCCCAGUAUCCAAUCAACCCACUGCCAGAGGCUCAGGGAUUGUACUCCCCCGAGAGCGCGAAUCAAAGUGACAGUAACCUAGCCCAAGGUGAUUGUGAGAUUGGCAGCAAGGCCCAGCGAUGUCAGAUGGAUGCUUCCGACGAUCACGACGACCAUUCCGGCGGCGCACACAUCGACACGGAGUAUUGUCCCGCCACGGCGAACAGCGGCGAAAGGGGCGGCCAGGAGGACGGCGUGGCCUGCGACGCCAACGACCCCACUGAGCAAUCUCCGCGCAAACGUCGGAAGGUUAGGCAUGAUUCUGCUACUACGAAGCCCCAGCGCUGCAGCAGCAACGUAUCCCGUUUCCCACCGAUGCGAAAGGUCAAAUACACGUCAGCACGCAGCAUGCCUAGUCCGCCAGCGUCGCACGACUCCUCUGAAGACGGAAACGUCGGGACAUCCGCCGCAACAUUUGAGGAGUGGCCUCUGCAGAACGUCAUAUUCAAGCGGGUCAUCGUGGACGGCGUGGGCACAUUCCAGCUACAAUUUGAAUGGCCAUUUUGCACAUCGCACAGCCAAGGAAGUGUUCCCACAGGUAAUGCGCGCCGUACUACGACUACCAGAGCGACUGGCGGUCAGGCAGGGCGGACUUCCGGCACGAGAGCCAGGUUCACGCGCGAAGAAGAUAACCUACUCACCAAGCUGAGGAAGGAACAGGGCAACCUCUCGUGGGCGGAGAUCCAUAAGCGUUUCAAUGACACGUUUCCAGGGCGGUCUCGUGGAUGCCUGCAGGUGCACUAUUGCACUAAGCUGAAGCACAGCGAAUGA